UCGGAUUUGCUUACGCUCAAAACUUCGAACACUCCGGUCAGGAAUGCGAUCAAUCUCUCUGUAAACUUGGUUCGAGACGGCUAGGGUUUGCGUCUUUUAACUUCAAUAAAAAAACAAAAAAACCUUUCGUUACCGGGCACCAUGAACUGCGAAGUUUGCCAACUCAAAGAAUUGGAAGUGGAGCACUUCGAGAUAGGGGAAGUUCUACGCUGCAUACUACACACGAUCGUGUUUCAUCGGGCUUUAGGUCUAGUGCGGCCCAAAGAUGUUGAUUUGGAACUUUUUGAAAUUACAUAUGUGCAAUGCGGAGAUGUUGAACUUGAAAAGAAAAUAGAUGAGAAGAUUGAACAGUUCAUUAGCUGGGUAGAGAAACACCCAAACAAGAAAAGUCAGAUAUGCUUAUCUUUCUAUGAAGAGAAGAAAAAUAAACAACCUUCUUGGUUCAGUAAUAAAAUUGAACGCAUACAUUGGGAACAGUGGUAUAUCAGUUUGAAUGUGGCCCAACACACCAAAGCACAUUCUAGCAAGUCUCAUCAUUCCAAACUUGCGUUUGAUCCAGCAGAGAGUGCAGUAGAGGAGAGAAGUGUUCGCAGAGCAGCACUUGAAGCAUCUCUCCGUGAGGUAAUGUUUCAAAUCAUAAAAUUUGCGAAUGAGAAGAAGGAUCAUGUUCCUCCUAUACCAAAUCGUGAAGGCAUUGUCUCAUUUCCCUAUGAAAUCACUAUCCCAAGGUGCUGUUUCUUAGAAGUAUCUCUGAUGGUAGUUUCUGUUCAUAAUUGGAAUUUUGAGUUUAUGUUCUGCCUGAAUUGGCCAGUUCAUCAGAUUCUGCAUUUGGAAUGGACAUGAUCAAAAGGAUGCUCCAAUCCGGGCAUCCAACCAUGCUCAGCUGAUUAUCAAAAGUGCAUAAGCUCGACCACUUGUUCCUGUUAUGUUCCAGAAGUAAGAUGGAUUCUUAUGUUCAUGAUAUCUCAAGACAUGUAUAUAUGAGGUGGUUAAGCUGAUGGGCCCAGAAAAGUUCUGAUUUUCUGAACAGAAGUUGAUCCUACGAGCAUUUACAUUUUAAAGUUUAGUCAUCUUUGUAAAAUUAAUUUUCUGGUAUAAACCUACUUAUCAAAAAAAAUUUCUGGUAUAAA